AUGAAUAAUAAUAAUGACAGAAUAGAUAGUAAUAAUAAUAAUAAUUUAGGUUCAAUUACAAAAACAGAAAUAGAUAAUAAUAAUAAAAAUGAAAUAUUAUUUUUUUCGGUGUGGAGAAACAUGGUUAUAUUAAAAGAAAUACAAAGACAUCACAGGUUAUAUAAUGAAAAUAAAAUAAUACGUAUUAAUAAAUCAAUGGAUCAACUUAGAUACCAUACACACAGAAGAUAUGCAACAGAAAUUUUAAUUGAUGUUAAUGAACCAUUAGAACCACAUGGUCAAUUAAUACCCUAUGGUACAACCAAGUUAAAAUUUUUAAGUUAUUUUAAUAAACCAAUUCAAGCAGGCGAUAUUCCAACAACUAUUACUUCUUUACAAUUUUCUAAAACUGAUAUAGGAUUUUUUAAUAUUGAUUAUUAUCCUCAUCGUUUCGAUAUUAAAUCAGUUGUCCCAUCAAGUGUUACUGAAUUGAAUAUCGGUAUAAAUCAAGAUAUUUCACCAAAUACAUUACCACCAUCGCUUACCAGUUUAACAAUGGAAAUAGAUCAAGAUAUACCUAUUGGAACUUUCCCACAAUCAUUAACUAAAUUAAAUCAAUAUAAAUUCAAUAGAACAAUUAUACCUGGUUCAUUUGGUUCAAUUGUAAAUCUAUCCCUAGAUUCCUUUAAUCAACCUUUAAAAGCCGGUGACUUACCUAUAACAUGUAAAUAUCUAUAUCUUGGCUCUUAUAAUCAACCGCUCCAACCAAAUAUUCUUCCACCUGAAUUAAAACUUUUAGGUCUAUCAGAAUUUGACCACCCACUAUCUUACGGUGUACUUCCAGAAUCAAUCACUUUACUACGUAUGGACGACUUUGAUCACCCAUUAUCCAACUCUCUAUCAGCACUAAAUUCAUUAAAAGAACUCAAUUUACAAAGUUUUGAUCAAGAGAUAUCAAUCCAAACAUUUCCACACUCAAUCGAAAAAUUAAUUUUGAAUAGUUUUAAUCAAUUUAUAAAACCAAAUGUACUUCCACCAUCAAUAACUAAUCUCAUUUUAGAUGCAUAUAACCACCUACCUUCAGACGGUAUAUUUCCAGAAUCAAUCACUUUACUACGUAUGGGUUACCUUAAUCUCCCAUUAUCCAACUCUCUAUCAACACUACAUUCAUUAAAAACACUCCAUUUAGAAAAUUUUAAUCAACCACUAUCUGGCGGUGUAUUUCCAGAAUCAAUCACUUCACUACGUAUGAGAGACUUUAAUCACCUAUUAUCCAACUCUCUAUCAACACUAUAUUUAUUAAAAACACUCUAUUUACCAAAUUAUAAUCAAGAGAUAUCUCUUGAAACCUGCCCACCCUCAAUAGAGACAUUAGAUUUGUUGAGCUUUAAUCAAGUUAUAAAACCAAAUGUACUUCCACCAUCAAUAACUAAUCUCAUUUUAACUGCAUAUAACCACCCAUUAGAACCACAAGUAAUACCGCCAAAUGUGAAAACAUUAAAGCUAACAUCAUACAAUUGUAAUCUUGGUAAACAUUUAUUCCCAAAUACUUUACAACAUUUAGUUAUAUCAAACCAUUCAAAUGAAUUGUUGGAAUAUGAUUUACCAUCAUCAAUUACAGAACUUCAUUUCGAAUCGAAUAUUAAUUAUACUUCAAAACCAAUUCGAUUUCAAACUAAUUCAAUACCACAAUCAGUAAAAAAAUUAAUACUCCCAGAUAACCAUUCCCAACCUCUUCAAAUCGGUACUAUACCCAAUUCAGUAGUAGAUUUAGAGUUUCCCAAAUCCUAUUCCCAUCCUCUUCAAGUCGGUACUAUACCCAAUUCAGUUACAUAUUUAACAUUACAUAAAUUAUCUAGUCCUCUUCAAGUAGGUUUAUUACCAGAAUUUCUCACUAUACUAACCUUUAGAAAAGGAUUUGAUCACCCUAUAGACCCAGCUGCCAUUCCAAAAUCUGUUACUCAAAUAUUAUUACCUUAUAAUUUUUAUACACACCCAAUACCAAACUCUUUAUUAAAUAUAUAAAUAGAAACGCAUAGUUAUAAUUGAAAAUAAUAAAAAUAAUAAAAAUGAAAAAAAUAAACAUUUCUUUUGCAACUCU